GGCAGGCACCAGACCCCCAGAUGGAGCGACAGGUCUCGGGCCCUCAGGCGGAGCGGCGGGCGCCGGACCCCCAGGCGGAGCGACAGGUCUCGGGCCCUCAGGCGGAGCGGCGGGCGCCGGACCCCCAGACGGAGCGACAGGUCUCGGGCCCUCAGGCGGAGCGGCGGGCGCCGGACCCCCAGGAGGAGCGACAGGUCUCGGGCCCUCAAGCGGAGCGGCGGUCGCCGGACCCCCAGGCGGAGCGACAGGUCUCGGACCCUCAGGCGGAGUGGCGGGCGCCGGACCCCCAGGCGGAACGACAGGUCUCAGGCCCCCAGGCGGGGCGGCGGGCACCGAGUCACCAGGCACAACCGUGGGCUCCGAGUCAACUGGUAUGACCGCGGGCACUGGGUCAGACAUUGGAUCGUCUGGCUGGACAGCGGGCACUGGGUCACCAGCAUCAGGUCAUUUGGCUCGACAGCGGGCACCGCGUCAUCUGGCAAGGCAGUGGGCUCCGAGUCAACAGGCACGACAGUGAGCACCGGGUCAUCAGGUACCGGAUUGUCUGGCUCGACAGCGGGCAUCGGGUCACCAGGCAUCAGGUCAUUUGGCUCGACAGCGGGCACCGGAUCAGGUACCGGAUCAUCUGGAUCAACAGCGGGCAUCGAGUCAACUGGCCUAAUAGGAUCGUCAGGCUGGAUCAGUUCAUCAUGCUGGGUAGAGGCAUCAGGCUGAAUGCCGGCGUCCGGCUGAGUCGAGGCUUCAGGCCGAGUAGAGGCAUCAGGCCGAGUAGAGGCAUCAGGCCGAGUAGAGGCUUCAG